ACCCAUCAGUCUUGGCAUCCUUCGCACCCUCGCACGCGCGUCCAACCCACUGCAGCCGGGGAUUAUUGGGCGGCCUCCUGGCCGCAUCAUGGUGACCCCCUGCCCCACCAGCCCGGUUAGCCCCGCCGCCCAGGCUGGAAGGCGGAACAACGACCAGAACCUUCGUGCCCCGGUAAAGAAGAGCAGGCGUCCACGCCUCCGGAGGAAGCAGCCACUGCAGCCGCUGAACCCGUGCCCGCUCCCGGGAGACUCCGGUGUUUGCGACCUGUUCGAGUCCCCCAGCUCCAGCUCGGAAGGUGCAGACAGUCCCGCGGCAACCGCAGUGCGAGGCUGCAGCCCCUUACCCGGCCCUGCCCAGCAGUCGGUGCAGCUAGAUCUACAGACCUUCCGCGAUUACGGUCAGAGCUGCUACGCCUUCCGCAAGGCGCGGGAGAGCCACUUCCACCCGCAGGAGUCGCUGGCGCGGCAGCCGCAAGUAACGGCGGAAUCCCGCUGUAAGCUGCUCAGCUGGUUGAUACCCGUGCACCACCAGUUUGGCCUCUCCUUUGAGUCGCUGUGCCUGACGGUGAACAUUCUGGACCGCUUCCUAACCACCACGCCUGUGGCUGCAGACUGUUUCCAGCUGCUUGGGGUCACGUCCCUGCUCAUCGCUUGCAAACAGGUGGAGGUGCACCCGCCGCGUGUGAAGCAGCUCCUGGCCCUGUGCUGCGGAGCCUUCUCUCGGCAGCAGCUCUGCAACCUCGAGUGCAUUGUGCUGCACAAACUGCACUUCAGCUUGGGCGCUCCAACCAUCAGCUUCUUCUUGGAGCAUUUCACGCACGCGCGCGUGGAGGUCGGGCAGGCCGAAGUCUCCCAAGCCCUGGAGGCCCAAGCUCUGGCGCGAGGGGUGGCGGAGCUGAGCCUGGCCGACUACGCCUUCACCAGCUACCCCCCCUCCCUGUUGGCCAUCUGUUGCCUGGCGCUGGCUGACCGUCUGUUGCAGCUCCCUCAUCCCGUGGACUUGCGCCUGGGAGGGCACACGGAGGCGGCGCUGCAGGACUGCCUGAGCAAGCUGCAGCUACUAGUGGCCAUAAAUGGAACCUCCCUGACUCACAUGAUACCGCACCAGAUCUGUGAGAAAUGCAGCCUCUCCCAGAGCUUGAAAUAAAGGAGGCCAAGGGUCCCCUAGCCGAGGGGCUGAACCUCUCCCAUUGCUUUGAGAGAAUGCAAUGCUAACCCACAAAGAGGGUUUCAGGGCUCCCACUUGGUCACCAGGUCAUCUUGUGGAUUGUAAAUAGUGUACAAUAGUAGUAGCGUCUAGUCAUUUAUUUAUUUUUCUGAGAGCACAUGAGAGGGCAGAGUCUUUCCCCAAUAAACAGGCUGUUUGUUGUGGUUUGUCCGAAUGCUCCUAAUCUUUUUUCUUUUUUUUUUUUGUCUGCGGGGAGGGAUGGUGAAGGCAGGCCAGAAAUCCAGGAGUCAGCAAUAAUGGAUGGAUCCUCCCUCCCUCCCUCCGGGUCUACUCUAUACUUGGCAUUUGUGUGUAAUUACACCAGAUCAGGCAACAGCCGAAUGGCCUCUGUUCCAGUUACAAGGCGAGUCAGGGUCGCUUGUAGGCCUAUAUGUGACCGACCUGUCAGGAGUCUGAGGAUUGCACACUCCGAGAGGUCCAAAGGGUGUGGUGGGGUGUGAAGCCGAAUGGAACCCACAGCAGUCUAUGCAGUCUAGAGGGGUCAAGGUGUACACCCUGAUGCCAGUAGGAUUUGGGCACUGCACAGGCCCACUAGCAGAGAAUGAAGCAAGAACUACCCUCGAUAACUAACUGAUGCCGGAAAUUAAGGCUUCGCAGACAAUUAUGGCCAUUACAAACUGAGCCCAUUUACCCUGCAAUUUCAUGGUUCAAUAUAUACCUGUUACCUGUGAGCCCAGGGCAACUAUGGCAGAAUAGUAAUCAUGGCUAUCAUGGAGUGCUUAGUGUACCAGGCACUAUGCUUAGAAUUCCUUAUUUCAAUCUAACAAUUUUAUGAGGCAGUGUCUAUUAUCCAUUUUUCAAAGAAGGACACUGGGUCACAGAGGUUAAAGGACAGUGGAGCAGCCAGGAUUUGAAGGCAGGUGAUCUGAGUCCAGUCCUACCUUUAGCCAUAGUGCUCAAAUUUCCCCACUUAACAGCUUUCUGGAAAUGCUCAGAAACCCUCUCCUGGAGAUUGGUGUGGCUGUACCCAUCCCUAACACCGGGCUGUUGUGAAGCCUAAAUGAGAUUGUUGUGAGGUAGUAUAAAGGAGUGAUUAAACAAAUGGGCUCUGGAGUCAAUUUGCUAGGUGAUAUUAAGCAAGUUUCAUGUCUAUGUCUAAGUCACUUUUGUAAAAAUGGGAAUAACAGUAGCACUUAUCUGGUGAGGCUGAGGUAUGGAUUUAUAAGAUGUUCCAUGCAAAUCCCCCAGCACAGGGCCUGGCACAUAGCAAGUCUUCAAGAAGGCUGGUGGCAGCCUGCACAACGAAGGCGAGUGGUGGGGGGAAAAAACUUGGAGAAAGAAACAGAAAGCAAACAUAAGAAAAUGUUCAUUUAAUAAGUGGAAGUAAAAUUACU